AUGCAACCCUCGCCUCUUACAAAUGCAUUAGCUACUGUAGCCCAGCUCGAGACCUCCGGCUCACAACUCGAUGGCAUCCCACCCGAUCUCGAAGACUCGAUACGCUUCGCCGGCGCAAGGCUCACACAAGCUGCGGGAAUACUGUUGAGACUACCCCAAGAAGUCAUUGCGCAAGCAAUUGUGGUGUUUAUGCGAUUCUGGCUUGGGCCAGAGGGUGGAAGUCUUGCGGAGUUUGGCGCAGAGCAAGUCUCAGCAGCUUCGCUUUACCUGACUACCAAGUUGUCUGCAUACCCCAAAUCAGCACGAAGUAUAAUUAAUGUAUACGCGUACCUCGACUCGCUUCCUACGACUUUCUUCGGCGUGGAUCAACUCCACCAGAAACAGGAUCCACGCGAGUAUUUUGUUACAGAAGGCACGUACGAGCGCCGUCGCGCAACCCUCUUCUCCACCGAGCAACGCAUCUUGCGCACCCUUGGCUUCAAUGUGCAGAUCCAGCUCCCCUACACACUCUGCAUAACAUACCUACAAGCCCUCGAUAUCUUUGUGCAUCCUCGCGCGUCAGAGCUCGCCAAACGCGCAAUCGCAUACCUAAAUACUGCUCUGCUGAGCCCACAAUGCCUGUACUUGACACACCAGCCACCGACACUGGCUACAGCAGCGAUCUACUUGGCUGCAAGAGAGACAGGAAUCAAGAUGCCAGAGUGUGAGUGGUGGGAGGUUUUCGAUACAGACAGAGAGGUGUUGGGGUUUUUAUGUGUGGGUAUGCUGAGUUUGGAGGGAUUUGCGCAGGAAGAAAAGAAGAAGUGGGAAGGAACUAAGGUUCCUAUGAAUGUAGAGGACUUGGAGAGGGAGAUGGAGAGGAGACAAGAAGUAGAAGGUUAA